AUUUAGUGGUAUUCUUUCGACGUUAAUAUUUCUCAUAUGUUUCAAAUGGCAUUGGCAUUUAGAAGGAAGGUAUCAUUGGAUAUCUUUUCUACAUCUGGUUACCGCACGUCCUUGACGCGUAAUGACUUAACUCGUACUUUACAUCGCAAUUCUCAACCCGGUCGUGUUUUUAAUGGCUUUAGACUUUUCAGUUCGGAUUCUUUUGUUCAAUCUGUGAUUAAUCAAGUUAAACGUGAUUUGGAAAAGGAUGAGAAGUUUAAGGAGGCUAUGAAAUCACUUGAGGAGGCACAAAUAAAGGAGAAGGUCAAUCGUCUAGGGGAGAUAUACACUCGUUCUAAGGAUGCUUGCAGUCAUUAUGUUAACAAAAUUACUGAAACUAGUAGUAACUCUAGCGCGGUUAAAUUUGUAUUUACUUCCGCUAAAUCUCUUGCGAGUGGCAUGACUCGUGUUGCUGAACUGCUUCAUGAUGAGAAGAGUGAGUCUAAAGCCUUGAAGGCCAAGUGGAAGCAGCGUGUAGCAAGCCAGCGGGCACAGAGUAAUAUCAACGUGGAUGGCAGUGAUGUCACCGCUGUGGAUACAAACGUGCCAGAUUCCAAUCCACAGGGUAACACCCAGGAAUAUGCAUUGGUGCUUGCCAAAGAAUCAGUGUGGGAACGUUUUGGCACUCGUCUUCGUGACAUGCCGUUUUUGACGAACUUUUUUGAGAAUCCAGUUUUUGAUCAGCUUUUUGGCAACUCUACAUUGGCCAAGGCAGUGAAGGAAAUGAAGAGGCUAGACUCUUCUUUUGAUUUGCCUGAAUUUAUCGAAUCUGUGGAGCAUGUAGUGGCGCCUCACAUAGUCCAAUGUUACUUGGAUGGCGACUCUAAAUCCUUGGAAGCGCACUGUGGUGAGCUUGCCUUCAACGUCCUCAAUGCAUCAAUACGCGAACGCGAUUUGCAAAAACUGUAUUUGGACCCUAACAUAUUAAUUCUGAAGGAUGUGGAACUGAAAGGUGGUAUGACCAUGGAAGAGGGGUACCCCUGGUUCAUAUUUAACUUCAAAACCCAGCAAAUCAACUGUUUGCGGGAUUCUCGUGGUCACGUAGUAGCUGGUGAGAUAGAUGACAUUAGGCAAGUAGUUUACUCGAUGGCAGUGUCGCGCCACCCAGACAUUUCACGUGAUGGUCUGGAGUACCCAUACAUGGUACAUGAAGUAGCGAUUAUCGGUAACACUCAGUGCUGGUGAUACUCAUGUGGUAGCCACAUUGCCAUCCCUAUAUCAA